UAUUACAUAGUUCAUUUCAUCGUCUGCUUCUCUUUAUUAUCCACUGCAAGCCUUGCAGCUGCCUUGAGGCCUCUCCUUACUGGCGAUCGACUCCGUCGACGUCAGAGACUACACCGAGAACGAUAUAGUGAAUAGUCCCCUCAUCGACGGCUGCAGCGACGACCGUGUGUGGUGUUAUUGGUCCAAUAGUCAGCCACUCCUACAGCCCUUGGAACGACCACAUAACUCGUUUUCACCAGCUUGAUCUAAGUAUCAGCUCGACUCUUCGCAUCGUACUAAGUAAUGUACGCCCACGCUCAGUCACGGCCAAACUCGUUCUAUGCUGCGGAUGAUGCGGCAAACCAACCAGAUUAUCUCCCAGAGCCACCGCGCCGUCAUCGCCAGCCCCGUGUUCAAGGCUCCCCGAACCAUUACCAGUCCCCACAACAGCCAGUAGAUCCAGACUAUGAUGACGAUGACCAACCCUUGGGACUCGCAGGUCAAUCACUUGAUGCUGCGGAUGAGUUUUAUGGUGCCCAACAGAAUAACGGCACAACCUUCCCACCUCAGCGGUCUCAUUCUCAAUCACAACUGUCCCAGGGUCCCCUUUUAGAUCACUCUCACCUCCGCCCAGGCAACCAAGCCUCAUUACUUUCUUAUGAGCGUACCCUCGAGCUAUAUCGUGCAAAUGCAAAGAAAACACAGGAUCCAGACAUCCAAUUCGAAUUCGCAGUAUUCAUGAUUGAUGCAUCUAAAUCUUUCCCCAUCCCGGCUCCCACUCCCGGAAAUGUAAUGGAAAUUGAAAAGGCAAUCGAAAAGCGCGAUAAUCUUGUGCAUGAAGCCACAAGCCUCCUCAAACGCCAAGCAGACCGGGGACAUCCAGCAUCACAAUAUUUCCUUGCAGACUGCUACGCCAAUGGUCUAGGCACUUACAAGAGCAGGCAAGACUUUGAUCGGGCUUACCCACUAUUCGUACUCGCAGCAAAACACGGACAUCCAGAUGCCGCAUAUCGUGCAGGAACUUGCUGUGAGAAUGGAUGGGGUUGCAGGCGCGAAUCUGCCAAGGCUCUCCAAUUCUUCCGCAAAGCCGGGGCAGCACUUCACCCUGGCGCUAUGUACCGUCUUGGUAUUGCUGAACUUAAUGGCGAGCUCGGACUCUCAAAACGGCCACGCGAGGGUGUCAAAUGGCUGAAACGCUCUGCGGAGCACGCAACGGCCGAGUUCCCGCACGCCUUGCAUGAGCUUGCCUUGCUGCACGAACGGGGGAUAGACAACGUUGUGUUUGUUGACGUGGAGUAUACCGUGGAACUACUCGCACAAGCGGCGGAACUCGGGUAUGCUCCCAGCGCUUACCGGUUAGGGGAAUGUUAUGAGUAUGGGAAGUUAGGUUGCCCCCAGGAUCCAGCCUUGUCAAUCCAUUACUAUAACAUCGCAGCGCAGCAGAAUCAUCGUGAUGCAUGUUUCGCGCUCACAGCCUGGUACUUAGUCGGCUCACCCGGUGUGCUACCCCAAUCCGACACAGAAGCAUAUCUCUGGGCACGCAAAGCAGCAGAUGCUGGACUUGCAAAGGCGAUGUACGCUGUCGGGUACUUCUUGGAAGUAGGGAUUGGUACCCCGCCAGACCUCCCAGAAGCGAUGUCGUAUUUCAAGAAAGCCGCAGAACUGGGUGAUAAGCGUGCCCAACAACGGCUCAAGGGCCCACCUAUCGGACAACAAGGCGGAGUCAUGCGGGACGGAUCCGAUGCCAAGAAUGCAGCCACCAACAAAGACUGCACAAUCAUGUAGACUUGCCUCAUCUGCUUACAGCCUGUUUAUUUCACGGGAAUCUGCUUUAAUGUCGAUAUGUACACAGACGAUGGACUCGGAAUAAUACUGGACUGUUUAGUAGUUACAUUUCAUACUACCAGUCACAUUGCCCAUUUUUCUACUUAGUUUCAUUUCAUCUUGGUCUACCACCACGUCAUUUUACCCUACUCUCAUUAACCAUGUCCCUGCGUUUAUUUUGAGACCCAUUUGCUCGACUUGCCUACGUAGAUCGAUACCCUUACUUACAGGUGUGGUAAUCAUCACGUAUCACCAAAUUGAUCAGCUCGUUAUGUAAAU